AUGGAAGGAAGGCGGCUGAAGCGAGAUGUUGAGGCUCUCAUCGGCGAUUACAUCGGACAGAAGAUCAGGGAGCAGUCCUUCGAUCCAACUGGGAGGAGAGUCUCCACCAUGCUGGACGAGCUGGCUCACUAUGACCUGGCCAUCAGCGUCGCUCUGUGGUGGCUCAACAAAGGGGAUGGACGGGAAGUGCUGGAUACAGACAUCAUCGGAGCCACAUGCAGCCUUGGCAGUGCUCCAUAUCCAGACCGCCUGCAGCGGGAGGCCAUGAUCCUGUCGUCCUUCGCUGGGAUUAUUAUGAGCAGCCUGCCGCUUGAUGACAUCUUGGGUCUGUACAGGUGCAAACCUGCUGUUUUAUACCCCAACCGUCACUCUCAGGGGGCCAUCGUGUAUCCCUUCACCCUGUCCCACCACCCGUAUGCCAUGCUGGGAUCCUGCAACGCUGUGCUCCACUCCAAGAAGCACAAUGAUAAGAUGAACAAGUGGCUGUCUGAGCGGGCGAAAGCAAGCAUAACAGCCCGACGAGUCCAAGUGAAAUCAUCAUCUUCCUCCUCGUCUCAGUCCUUUCUCAGUGAUGGUAGUGAUUGUCAGCAGGGAGCAGCUGAGCACUACGAGGGAUCACAAGAGUCUCUGCAGGACUGAAAUCAGCAUCCAGCAGCUAGGUUUUUGUCCUUGGAGCAGAAAUCUGCAGCUCAUCUGAUUUCAGUGUGGACACUUUAUUCUCUCUCUGCUUCUUUCAUCGCUGCACGCCACUAAAUUCAACCUGUCAAACCCUCAGGAAUCCCUGCAAAAUACGUUCCAACACCUGAGCAGAACUGGGAAUCUUCCUCCUAAAAGCUGAGCGGUUUCUCAAAAUAAAAAGAAGAUAAAUAAAUAUAUAUCCACAUAAAAGCCCAUCAUUUCUCAGCCUCUGAAGAAUCAUGUUCAAGAGCAGUCAGCAACUCAUCCUCCAACACAGCCAGUGAUGGAUAUUUACAAUGAACUUCAAU